AUGACGUCUAGAACGCCAAUGCGAUUUCCGCAUUUCUCAAUAGCCGUAGAUCAGGAAGUCCGAUGCAGCAGGACUUCCUCAUCGGAGCAUCACGAAACUGUUGCUGUUAAGCCCGAUCUCAAGCUCCAGGAAGUUCCUGAGUACGGCCCCCAUGGCGUUAGAGAUCUUAUCAGCUCAGGCUACGUCAUCGGAGCCGCUUUCCUAGCAUCUCUGGGAGGCUUCUCGUUCGGAUAUGACCAAGGAGUUAUUUCGAUUAUAAAUACUGCCUUUGGAAAGGGGCUAAUGACAGGGAUGUUAUUGCUCGGAGUCUUCGAUGCGCCGCUUUAUAUCUCCAAGGUUUUCCCACCUAACCUACAAGAAGUUCUUCUAGCGCUGGGGUUUAUCUCUAUUGUUUCCGGUGUCAUCAUUUCAUCCUGGAUCACAUUUGGUACAAGAUUGAUUAAUAGUGGAAUAGUGUGUGCAAUAAUUCUUAGUGUUGGGAUCUAUUUCUUCCCCUACUCACCUCAGUGGCUUGCCCUUGUCAACCGCCAGCAAGACUGUCUAGCGAGCCUUGCUAAAUUCCAAGGCAUUAUCACUGAGGUCAAAUUUCAAGAUCUCAUUCAGGAAAAGAGGCAUCCUUGUAAACAGGGCAUGAAGCUGGAAUUUCUCACUUGGCUAGACCUCUUUAGCCAAGCUGGCUGGCGGAGAACAAUAGUUGGAUGUGGUGUUGCCUUUUUUCAACAAUUUAUGGAUAUUAACAUGUCGCUGAUACUGUCAGGCGUCUUCAACAUUCUACAGCUAGUUACUGUGAUCAUCUGCUUCUUAAUUAUUGACAAAACCGGACGUCGGCCAUUGGCGAUCUUCGGUGGUCUUGCCACGGGGAUCGCAUACACUAUCAUCGCCAUCCUCUCGGGGCUAUAUGCCAACGAUUGGACCGCCCAUCCAGAUUCAGGCUGGGCCUUUGUGGCCAUGGCCUUCCUCUUCAUCCUUAUCUUUGGCCUCACGUACUCUCCCCUUGGCUGGGCCCUGCCGUCCGAAGUCUUCCCCAACGCGACUCGAUCCAAGGGUGUGGCGCUGAGCACGAGUACCAACUGGCUCUCCAACUUUAUUGUAGGCAUUGCAACACCCCCCAUGAUGGACAACAUCGGUUAUCGAACAUACAUCUUCUAUGCAGUCUGGUGUGUCUUGGCAGGCGUCUGGGCCUUCGCUUUUGUCGCUGAGACCAGCGGUAAAACACUCGAAGAAAUCGACGAUGUGUUUGGUGAUACAAACGGACAUGAAGAACACGAGGACAUGAGAGCAGCCGCCAUGUCCAUAAUGAGAGCGCCAGUCCCGUCCACAGUGUGA